AUGAACUCUACCGGCCCGUAUAAACGUGGAGACUACGAAAAACGGUUCAAGACCACAGGGAUUGUACGUGUCCAGUGUGAAAACAAUUCUUCCGGCGACGGCCCCUACAAAUGUGGGGACUGUGGAGAACGGUUCAAGACGAUGGGGGGAUUUAGAUUUCACUGGAAUAGAAAAGAAUUCACGAAAGAUAACUUUUGGUGUUGGAAAUGCGAACACUACCAUAGCAGUUUCCAGAAGUUGAAGAACCACACCUGCCUUACUGCGCUUGAACGAGCGCAGAUUGAAGAUGCGGAGAAAGAAGAGGAGAAGAAGAAAAACGAGGAGAAGAGGAAGAAAAACGAGGAGAAGAAGAAGGAAAAGGAGGAGGAGAGGAAGAAAAUUGAGGAGAGGAGGAAGGAAAAGGCGGCGAAGAAGAAGGAAAAUAAGGCGGCAAAGAAGAAGGCCGUGUCGGAUGAGAAGAAGGCGUCUGAGCCAGAGGCGCCUCCGCCGGCCACCGAGGAAGAGGCGCCGCCGCCGGCGGAGUAA